AUGAUACUCUAUGGGUGUCCGAUUUGGAUGCAAGGCACCGUCAGACAAAGACAGAAAUUGCAACAAAUUCAAAGGGUGGCACUCCUCAAAAUAACAAAAGCGUUUACCACAACAUCCACGGCUGCCCUCCAGAUUUUGGCGGGGAUCCUCCCCCUAGAUCUUAAGGCAGAAGAAGAACGCUUAACAUACCGCCUCCUUCACUUUAAGGAGUCAGCUAUUGAAAAUGGACUCACUAUCCUCGAAGAAUCGGCCUUAGAGCCCCACAUCAGAACCACUGCUUCGCAUCCGGCAUCCUCAGUAGACAUUAAAUGGGAUAAACUCCCGCCACUCAAUGCAGACUUAGAAAUAUUCACAGACGGGUCAAAAACCGAUUCAAAAGUCGGAGCCGCAUUUGUAGUUUUUCACAACGCUCAAGAGAUUCAUCAGGAACAAUACAGAUUAAGUGAUCACGCAACAGUAUAUCAGGCGGAAUCACUAGCCCUCAAGCAAGCGGCACUCUGGAUUAGCAGCUCAGAUUCCAUUUCCCAUUCAAUAUACACAGACAGUUUGAGUAUUCUACAAGGUCUGAACAGGAUAGGAUCACAGCCACUACAUGUCUCCUCAUUAAAAGAAAUCCUCUCGACCUUAGCCUAUACCAAGAACAUCUCCUUACACUGGGUCAGAGGACACCACGGUACCCAAGGGAACGAAAGAGCGGACGCCCUAGCGAAAGCUGCCACAGAGCUUCAGCAGAUCACAAAAGAAACCCCAGUCUCGCUCAUAACAGCCAAAAAUCGUAUCCAUGGACACUUCAUGUCAAUCUGGCACACAAGAUGAGAGGAAGGAGACACAGGCAGGUUCACCUACGACAUUUUUCCGCAAGUCAAACUGAAGAGGCUUUACUCCAGUCAUCUCUCCUUACAAGCCCUCACAAACCACGGGAGAUUUCCAUCGUAUCUAGAGAGGUUUCUGCACAGAAAUGUUAAAUGCCGCUGCGGUUCGUCGGCGACAACAGCAGAUGUCAUACACUAUCUGUCUACAUGUCCGAUUACCGCACACCUCAGGAUACCACAGAAUACAGCGCUUCUCCAAGACAAAGGAACACAAGGGUACUUCAGACUAUUACGGCCAGAAAGAAGCCAGAAGGAUUCUUCAAUUUCUUACCACAAAUAC